CCCGUUUAAAUCCAGACUGGGACCUGCUGCUGUCACUCACACGGUGGCUCCGGGGGGAAAGCCCGACGGAAGGAAACGCACAACGCCGGAGCACACUUUGAACAAAGUUCUUAUGUUUGAUAGUGCGUAUAGGCUAAUCAUUUCCGACAACUGGCGAAGGAAUGCGAGGCAUUUGACUGGGUUGUUUGAGGCCUGCUUGGAACUGACUAAAUAUGUACAGGAAAAUGAAGAGCGAUCUGAUUUGAUUAAAGGAUUAUCUCAUAUGAUUGUAGAUUAUGACUGCAUUUCUCCACUUACCUAAAAAAUGACAUGCAUUUGAAGGCUUUGUAUGCAGUGUAAGAGUUAAAUAGAUGAACAUAACGAUAUUCAUGUUAGUGAAAUGUCGUUUUCUGUGGUGAAAUGUCAAUUAAAUAGCAGUGGAUGAACUAUGUUAAUAAAAACUUUUAAAUGCAGUCUUGUGUCUCGGUGAAGUCAACCGAGCCGCUUAACAUCCUAACCUGUGGGCCUUCAAGCUAUCUGCAGUGAUGAGUGACGGGUCUAUUUUAGAAAGGAGGCUGACCCCAAACAGCACGUCGGCUGUUUGUCAUCGUGAGGUACCAGGGAAGAAAGAGAAGGGAGAAACAAUGGAUCAGGACCUGUUUGGGGGGGCCCCCAGGUUUCUCACGAGGCCCAAGGCGGUCUCGGUGUGCAUGGGUAAGGAUGCCACUCUCAGCUGCACCAUCGUGGGGAACCCCAUCCCGCUCAUCACCUGGGAGAAGGGCAAACUCCGGCUGACCUCGGGGGGGCGCUUCAAGACGGUGGACGACGGCGACGUCUACCGCAUCACCAUCUACGACCUGGCCCUGGAGGACAGCGGCCAGUACCUGUGCCGAGCCAAGAACACUGUGGGGGAGGCCUACGCCGCUGUCACCCUCCAGGUGGCGCUGCCCUCGGAGAUGGCCCUGAGGGCGCCCGUCUUCAUGGUGAAACCCACCAACUCCCGCGUGGUUCUGGGGGGUAACCUGGUGUUCUACUGCCGGGUGGCGGCCCACCCGGAGCCCGCCUUCGACUGGGAGAAGGACGGCCGCUACAUGGGCGUGACCAACCGCAUCAAGAUCGUCUCGGACAGCGACAGCAGCUCCCUGAAGAUCCAGAGCGUGCGGAACCUGGACGCCGGCACCUACACCUGCAGGGUGCAGAACAGCUCGGGCCGGGCACACGCCUCUGCCGUGCUCGCCGUGGACGCCCAGGACUCCCGCCAGCAAGGGGCGGCAGCGGAUAAGAACACCUCCCUGCUCUCGCACCUGCAGAAGCGCAAGGAGGACAUGAAGAACGACAUCUCCGUCUACCGCACCGAGGACGGCGUCUCCUCAUCCUCCGUCUCCUCCUCCUCUUCCUCCUCCACCACCACCGCCAACAGCAGCAUCAGCAUCAAGGAUGGGCUGAGCGCUCUGAGUAUGGAGCAGCGCAUGAGGGCCUCGGCGCUGGCCAAGCUGCCCAAGGGCGUGUUUACCCGCACCUGCACGGUCACGGAGGGCAAGCACGCCAAGCUGAGCUGCUUCGUCACGGGCCACCCCAAGCCCCACAUCAUCUGGAGGAAGGACGGUUCCAACAUCAGCGAGGGCCGCCGGCAGGUCAUCUACGAGGACCAAGCGGAGAACUUCAUCUUGAAGAUCCUGUACUGCAAGCAGAGCGACAACGGCCUGUACACCUGCAACGCCACCAACAUGGCCGGGCAGACCUACAGUGCCGUGCUGGUGAUCGUCAAGGAGCCCAAAGUGCCGUUCAGGAGGAAGCUCCAGGACGUGGAGGUGCAGGAGAAGGCGUCGGCCACGCUGCUGUGCGAGGUGCCGGCGUCGGCCACCACGGCCAACUGGUUCAUGGAGGAGACCCGCAUCGAGGAGAGCUCCAAGUACCGCAUGCAGCAGGACGGCACGCUGCGCCGCCUCACCAUCCACAACGUCACCACCAACGACGACGCUGUGUACAUCUGCGAGAUGGCCGAGGGCAGCCGCACCGUGGCCGAGCUCACCGUGCUGGGUAAUAUCACAAAAAAGCUGCCCCGGAGGACAGUGGUCCCCGUCAGCGACACGGUCAUCUUCUGCGUGGAGCUGGAGCAACCCUGCCCCGAGUCCUACUGGACCCGCAACGCUGAGAGGCUGAAGCAGGACUCCCGCAUCUCCAUGGCCUGUGUGCUCAGACAAUACACCCUCACCAUCAAAGACUGCCAGGCCGGGGACUCCGGAGAGGUGGCCUUCGUUGCGGGCGACUGCAAGACGUCCACUCGGUUCUCCGUCACUGCUGCAAGAAAACAUCCGCCAGACCCCCCAGUCAACGCAGUGGUGCAGAACAAGACAGACUCCUCCAUCACCCUCCAGUGGUCGCCCCCGGACAGCGAUCGCCCCGUGCCCAUCAAGAGCUACAUCAUCGAGAGGAGGAAGGUCGGCAACCAGCAGUGGCAACGCUGCAACGCCACGGAGAUAAUCGUCUCCACCCAGACGACCCUCUGCAACUUCACAGAGGAGACCAGCUACCAGUUCCGUAUCUCUGCCGUCAAUGACUUCGGCCAGAGCCCCUACUUGGAGGUGUCUGGAAGCUUCUAUCUCGAGCCUUCUGCGGAGAUGAAGAAAGGUCUAGUGGACAGCACUGCCUACUUCGGGGACGAGCACUCGCUCUCCGUGGAGUUGUCCGCCGUCUGCUCCGGGUUCUGGUCCCUGAACGGUCGCAUGCUGUGCAGCGGGGGUGAAUACCUCAUCACGAGGUCCAAGAACGUUCACACGCUGACCAUCCACGAGGUCACCAUGGAGAUGAACGGAGUCGAGGUCAAAUUCGUGGGAGGCGGCUCGGAGACCCGCUGCGUACUAAGUGUUAAGGCCCCCUCUGUCAGGUUCACCAGUAAGUCAGAUCCCAUGGAGGUCGUGACCUGCAGCGCUCAGGCCACCGCUCAGCUCACCGCCGAGGUGUCUGAUCACGAGACAAAGGUGGUCUGGAUGAGAAAUGGAAGGGAGGUGAAAGUAGGGAAAAAGUAUGAGUAUGUGAUUUUGGAGCGCAAGAGGACCCUGCUGGUCCACAAUGUCUCGGAGGAGGACGUGGGUGUCUACGAGUGUGUUUUGGAUGGCGACAGAAUGUCCCUGCAACUUGCCCUUAAAGACGAACCUGUGAAGUUCAUCAACAAGCCAAGAGGCACCAUGGGCAUGAUGUCCACCCUCACAGGGGGCCUGGACCUAAGCUGCGAGGUGUCUUCUGCCAGUGCCACGGUGGCGUGGAAGAAGGAUCAGGUUGAGAUCCAUGAAGACCAAAGGACCAGCAUGACCUCUAACGGAACGCAGCGCAGGCUGAUCAUCAAGAGCGCCAAGAAAACAGAUGGAGGACAUUAUUCCUGUGAGGUGGCCGGAGACAAAGUCACAUUCCAUGUCAAGAUCAAAGAAACCCAAGCAGCCGCUACAGUCUCUGCAGCAACUGAAUCCACUACAGUCAGUUCAUCAACUACAGUCACUACAGUCUUCUCGAACAAGGAGUCCAUCCAGAGCGAGGUGAAGGCGACUCUUUCUCAGAAGGCCACCCUCAGCUGUGAGGUGUCUGACGUGAAGACGGAGGUGAAAUGGUACAAGGAUGGGAAGCUGCUGACCUCCAGCAAGAACAUCUCGUUUGAGGCCAAAGGCAAAACUCGCCUAGUGGUCAUUGAAAAGGUGGAGAAGAAGGAUGCUGGAGAGUACAUCUGUGAAGCUGGAACUGAGAAGUUGGUGUACAAGUUACAGGUGUCAGAGAUCCAGACCAAGUCAACCUUCUCCAGCAAGGAGUCGAUCCAGCGGGAGGUGAAGGCCACUCUUUCCCAGAAGGCCACCCUCAGCUGUGAGGUGUCUGACGUGAAGACGGAGGUGAAAUGGUACAAGGAUGGGAAGCUGCUGACCUCCAGCAAGAACAUCUCCUUUGAGGCCAAAGGCAAAACUCGCCUGCUGGUCAUUGAAAAGGUGGAGAAGAAGGAUGCUGGAGAGUACAUCUGUGAAGCUGGAACUGAGAAGUUGGUGUACAAGUUACAGGUGUCAGAGGACCAAACCAAGCAGGCCUUCUCCAGCAAGGAGUCGAUCCAGCGGGAGGUGAAGGCCACUCUCUCCCAGAAGGCCACCCUCAGCUGUGAGGUGUCUGAGGUGAAGACGGAGGUGAAAUGGUACAAGGAUGGGAAGCUGCUGACCUCCAGCAAGAACAUCUCUUUUGAGGCCAAAGGCAAAACUCGCCUGCUGGUCAUUGAAAAGGUGGAGAAGAAGGAUGCUGGAGAGUACAUCUGUGAAGCUGCAGGGGAGAAGCUGGUCUUCAAGAUCCAUGUCUCAGAGGCCCACUCAGUCUUCUCCAGCAAGGAGUCGAUCCAGCGGGAGGUGAAGGCCACUCUGUCCCAGAAGGCCACCCUCAGCUGUGAGGUGUCUGACGUGAAGGCGGAGGUGAAAUGGUUCAAGGAUGGAAAGCUGCUGAACUCCAGCAAGACCCUUCACAUGGAGUCUAAGGCCAAGAGUCGCCAGCUGGUGAUAGACAGUGUGGAGAAGAAGGAUGCUGGAGAGUACAUCUGUGAAGCUGGAACUGAGAAGCUGGUGUAUAAGUUACAGGUGGCAGAGGACCAAACCAGGCAGGCCUUCUGCAACAAGGAGUCGAUCCAGCGGGAGGUGAAGGCCACUCUCUCCCAGAAGGCCACCCUCAGCUGUGAGGUGUCUGAUGUGAAGACGGAGGUGAAAUGGUACAAGGAUGGGAAGCUGCUGACCUCAAGCAAGAACAUCUCAUUUGAGGCCAAAGGCAAAACUCGCCUGCUGGUCAUUGAAAAGGUGGAGAAGAAGGAUGCUGGAGAGUACAUCUGUGAAGCUGCAGGGGAGAAGCUGGUCUUCAAGAUCCAUGUCUCAGAGGCCCACUCAGUCUUUUCCAGCAAGGAGUCCACCCAGAGAGAGGUGAAGGCCACUCUGUCCCAGAAGGCCACCCUCAGCUGUGAGGUGUCUGACGUGAAGGCGGAGGUGAAAUGGUACAAGGAUGGGAAGCUGCUGACCUCAAGCAAGACCCUUCACAUGGAGUCUAAGGCCAAGAGUCGCCAGCUGGUGAUAGACAGUGUGGAGAAGAGGGAGGCUGGAGAGUACGUCUGUGAAGCUGCAGGGGAGAAGCUGGUCUUCAAGAUCCAUGUCUCAGAGGCCCAGUCAGCCUUCUCCAGCAAGGAGUCAAUCCAGAGAGAGGUGAAGGCCACGUUCUCCCAGAAGGCCACCCUCAGCUGUGAGGUGUCUGACGUGAAAACAGAGGUAAAAUGGUGCAAGGAUGGAAAGCUGCUGACCUCAAGCAAGAACAUCUCCCUUGAGGCCAAAGGCAAAACUCGCCUGCUGGUCAUUGAAAAGGUGGAGAAGAAGGAUGCUGGAGAGUACAUCUGUGAAGCUGGAACUGAGAAGCUGGUGUAUAAGCUACAGGUGGCAGAUGCCGCCGCAAAGUUCCAGAAGAGGUCGAUCAAGGACACCUGUGUGGAAGCGAGCGAGAAGGUGGCGUUGACGGCUGAGCUGACCUCGGAGAGCGCCUCCGUCACUUGGUUCAGGGACGGGGUGCAAGUCACUGAAGGCAGCAAGUAUGAGAUGAAGAAAGACGGCCUGUCUCGUACGCUGGUCGUGAAAUCCACCGAGGCCAAAGACAGUGGGACUUACUCCUGUCACUCCGCCGAUGACAAAAUUGAGUUCAAGGUACAGGUCAAAGAAUCGCCGUUGAAGUUUGUGACGCCCUUGAAGGCUGUCGCGGUGGAGCUGGGCGGCAAGCUGAGCCUGAUGUGUGAGCUGAACCAAGCGGCCGGGGACGUUCUCUGGCGCCAUGGCGGUAAGGAAAUGAAGCCUGGCGGCCAGUGUGUCGUCAGCACGGACGGCGCCAAGCGGGUCCUGAGCGUGACCGCCAUGACCAAGGAAGACGAGGGAGAGUACAGCUGUGAAUGUAAAAACGACAAGACCUCUGCUACGGUCACCUCAAAGGCACCCAGACUAGUGAGGCUCACCGCCAAGCUAAACAACGUCGUAGCGGUGGAGGGAAAAGAUGCCAUCUUUAAAUGCACCGUCACCCCAGCCGACGUAAACGUCAAAUGGUUCCGCAACAACAUACCCAUCGCUGCCGGGCCAAAGUACAAGAUUGAGCACGGGGGCACCUGCCACUCCCUCACCAUCACCGCCGUCGCCCAGAACGACGCUGGAGAGAUCAGUCUGGACGCGGAGGGCAAGGGCUGCAACGCCACGCUGCAAGUGCAACAGGUUCCUGUGACCAUCAAGAAGAAGCUGGAGAACAUGACCGUGGAGGAACAGAAGGAGGUGCGGAUGGAGGUGGAGCUCAGCAGGCCUUCGGCGGAGGUCAGGUGGAUGAAGAACGGCGUGGUGCUGCAGCCCGCGGGCAACAUGGAGCUCCUGGUGGUCGGAGCCAAGCAGAGCCUGGUCUUCAAGAGCGUGGCGUAUGCCGACCGCGGUCUCUACUCCUGUGAAACCCUCGAUGACAAGACCCAGGCCAAGCUCACUGUUGAGAUGAGGAAGAUUUCGAUUGUGAAGGGACUGAAGGAAACCAGUGCUCAGGAGGCCGAGACGGUAACACUGGAGGUGGAGCUCAACCAGGCUGACGUCGAGGCCUCCUGGACCAGAGACGGCCUCAAGAUCAAGACAGGGCCCAGCUGUCGUACCACAGUGCUGGGGAAGAAGCAUGCCCUCACGCUCUCCCAACUCAAGUUGGAGGAUGCGGGAACAAUCGCCUUCCAAGCCGAAGGGGUCCACACAUCCGCCAAAUUAAUUGUCACAGAACCCGCUGCCAUGAUUUCCAAACCCAUCUUGGAUAUCCGUGCUCCUGAGAAAGAUAAGGUCACCUUUGAAUGUGAACUCUCAAGAACCAACGCAGAAGUCAAGUGGUUUAAGGAUGACAAUGAACUAAAACCAGGGAAGAACCUGGGAAUCUAUUGCUCGGGCCGCAAGCGCAGUCUGAUAAUCCAGAAGUGUAGCACAGAAGACCAAGGCACUUACAUCUGUCGCUCGGCAGACGACAACACAUCAGCCAAGCUCACCGUGCACGCCCGAGACAUUAAGAUCGUUAAGAAACUGGAGGACGUGGAGGUGACGGAGAAGGAGAGCGCCUCGUUCGUGUGCGAGAUCUCCCACGACGAGGUGGAGUGUCAGUGGCACAAGGGAAGCAGCAAGCUCAAAGUCGGGGACAACAUCAAAAUGCGACAAGAGGGUAAAAUGUAUGUCCUCCUGUUCAAAUCGGUGACGCCAGAAGACGUUGGUGAGGUUAAAUUUACGGCUGAGAAAGCCUCCUCAAGUGCAAAACUUAAAGUGAAAGAGCUGCCCGUGAAGUUUGUGAAGAGGCUGCGAGAUAAGAUCGCCAUGCACAAGCACCGCGGCCACCUGGAGUGCCAGGUGUCCCGCGCCAGCGCCCGGGUCAGCUGGUACAAGAACAAGACGGAGAUCAAAUCCGACCGCAAGUACGAGGUCAGGAGCGAGAACGUGUACCGGAAGCUCACCAUCAACGACGUGUGCUCGGACGACGAGGACACGUACACCUGCGACGCCAUCGACGACAAGACGUCCUGUAAGCUGCUGGUGGAAGAGCAGGCCAUCAGCAUCGUUCGGGAGCUGAGUGCAGUAGAAGUGACCGAGCCCUUCGCUGCCGUCUUCGAGGUGGAGAUCAGCAUGGAGCUGGUGAAGCCUGCCAUCUGGACGCUGAACGGAGCGGCGUUGCAGGAGAGCAAUGACGUUGAGAUGGAGAAAGAAGGCACUUUGCAUCGUCUCACCUUUAAGAAGACCAAAGCCUCCAUGACUGGCCCCGUGCAGUUCACCGCUGGCAAGAGCAAAUCCCACGCCCAACUCACUGUCAAAGAGCGCCCCCUGGAGGUGGCAGAACCAAUCAGCGAGGUGAAAGUGAAGGAAAAGGGCUCAGCUGUGCUGAGCUGCAAGUUCUCCGCCGUGCCCAAAGAGGUGAACUGGUUUAAAGGGGAAACGUUACUGGCCAAUUCUGACAAGUUCAGCAUCAGGCUAGAUGCCUCAAAGGCUCAGCUGAUCGUUCAGAACCUGACCUGCGAGGACAGCGGUGAAUACUGCUGUCAGUCGGGACCUGCCAAGACCAAAGGCUCUCUCAUCGUGGAAGCGCGAGACAUCCAGAUCACCAAGCACCUGGCCGACACCGAGGUGGACGAGGACUGCGACGCCGCCUUCACCUGCGAGGUGAACUACGCGGACGAGGAGCUGCAGUGGCUGCUGAACGACAAGCCGCUGUGCACCAACGAGGUCAACACCAUCACCCACGAGGCGAAGGCGCACAAGCUCACCCUCAAGAACCUGGCCCCCCAGGACGGGGGAACCAUCCGCGUCAAAGUCCGGACGGUCACGGAAUCCGCCACGCUGAAGGUCAAAGAGAAACGGGCCGUGUUCCUCAAGUCGCUGGAUGACGUGGUCGGAGAGGAGAAGGGCAUGAUCACCCUGGCGUGUGAGGCCUGCAAACCCAGGGUGUCUCCCACGUGGAGGAAGGACGGCGCCGUGCUGAAGGCCGGCCCCAAGUACGAGCUCCUCCACACCGGCAAGGCCCUGGGCCUCAUCAUCAAGGACGUCACCAAGGAGGACGCAGGGGAGUACAGCUGCGACCUGGGCACGGAGGUGUCCAAGUCAAAGGUCACUGUGAGAGAAAUAGCCAUCGGUAUCACCAAGUAUCUGAAGUCGGCAGAGGUCACCGAGGGAGAGUCCUGCAGCUUCGAAUGCAUCCUGUCCCGGGAGACCCCAGACGCUUGCUCCUGGACCCUGAACGGAACCACAGUCACCGACGGAGGACGCUUCAGAGUCUCUAGUAAAGGACGCAAGUACAUGAUGACCGUCAAGGAGGUCGCCCUUGCUGAUGCUGGAGAAGUGAUCUUCAGCAUUAUAGAGCUGAGCUCCAAAACGACCUUAGCAGUCGAAGGUAAAGCUCAGUCUUUGUCCAAGGAGCUCCAGAAUGUUAGCGUCAGUGCAGGGGAAGACGCCGUGUUCACCUGUGAGGUCACACAGGUUAAGGCUGUUGUGAACUGGGCCAAAGACGGCAAGGGCAUCAGGAAGAGUCAGAAGUACGAACUCCUUCAAGAGGAGAAGGUCAGGAAGAUGACCAUCCACGGGGUUGCUGCCCAGGACUCUGGGGAGUACAGCUGUGAGGUGGUUGGAGGAGCCACUACCAAGGCCCGGCUGGAGAUAAAAGAACCAGUCCAUGCGUUCACCAGAGCCCUGAAGGACUGUGCCGCUGAAGAGGAGGGCACAAUCACCCUACAGUGUGAGACCGAACAGAGCCCCACUAAGGUGACCUGGUACAAGGGCAGCACAGAGCUCCGGUCUGGAGCCCGCUAUGACAUGUCCCAGAAGCAGGGAGUCCUGACCCUCACCAUCAGACAGCUGGAGGAAACAGACAGUGAGACCUACACCUGUGACGUGGUAACUGCCAAGAGCACGUCAAAGGUAUCCGUCAAAGCCCUGCCUGCCAUUUUUAAAGAGCAGCUGAAGAACCAGCGUGCCAAAGAAGGGGAGAGUGUUACCCUGGGAUGUGACUUAUCAAAGCCUGGGGCUGAGGUUCUGUGGAAGAAAGGUUCUGAAAUUCUCCAGGCUGGAAUAAAGUAUGAGAUGAGGCAAAGAAGCACCUCCUGUGAGCUGAAAAUGACCCAGUUGAAGGAGGAAGACAGUGGAGAAUAUUUCUGUGUGUGUGGAACCCAAACUACAUCUGCAACUCUCAGAGUCGAGGCAUUACCAGCGGUCUUCACCCAGAAGUUGGAAAGCCAAGAGGCUGAAGAGGAAAGCAGCGUUACUCUGCACUGUGAGCUCUCUAAAGUGGGGGUUCCUGUGGAAUGGAGGAAGGGAGCGAAGGUCCUCACGUCUGGAGAAAAGUACCAGAUGAAGCAGAAGGCCUCAGUGAACGAACUGCUGAUCAGCACCGUGGCUCCAGAAGACAGUGGAGACUACAGCUGUGUGUGUGGAGAGCAGAAGACCUCCGCUAGCAUCAACAUCAAGGCCAAACCAGUGGUCUUCACCCAGAAGUUGGAAAGCCAAGAGGCUGAAGAGGAAAGCAGCGUUACCCUGCACUGUGAGCUCUCCAAAGCGGGGGUUCUUGUGGAAUGGAGGAAGGGAGCGAAGGUCCUCACGUCUGGAGAAAAGUACCAGAUGAAGCAGAAGGCCUCAGUGAACGAACUGCUGAUCAGCACCGUGGCUCCAGAAGACAGUGGAGACUACAGCUGUGUGUGUGGAGAGCAGAAGACCUCCGCUAGCCUCAACAUCAAGGCCAAACCAGCGGUCUUCACCCAGAAGUUGGAAAGCCAAGAGGCUGAAGAGGAAAGCAGCGUUACCCUGCACUGUGAGCUCUCUAAAGCGGGGGUUCCUGUUGAAUGGAGGAAGGGAGCGAAGGUCCUCACGUCUGGAGAAAAGUACCAGAUGAAGCAGAAGGCCUCAGUGAACGAACUGCUGAUCAGCACCGUGGCUCCAGAAGACAGUGGAGACUACAGCUGUGUGUGUGGAGAGCAGAAGACCUCCGCUAGCGUCAACAUCAAGGCCAAACCAGCGGUCUUCACCCAGAAGUUGGAAAGCCAAGAGGCUGAAGAGGAAAGCAGCGUUACUCUGCACUGUGAGCUCUCUAAAGCGGGGGUUCCUGUUGAAUGGAGGAAGGGAGCGAAGGUCCUCACGUCUGGAGAAAAGUACCAGAUGAAGCAGAAGGCCUCAGUGAACGAACUGCUGAUCAGCAACGUGGCUCCAGAAGACAGUGGAGACUACAGCUGUGUGUGUGGAGAGCAGAAGACCUCCGCUAGCCUCAACAUCAAGGCCAAACCAGCGGUCUUCACCCAGAAGUUGGAAAGCCAAGAGGCUGAAGAGGAAAGCAGCGUUACCCUGCACUGUGAGCUCUCCAAAGCGGGAGUUCCUGUUGAAUGGAGGAAGGGAGCGAAGGUCCUCACGUCUGGAGAAAAGUACCAGAUGAAGCAGAAGGCCUCAGUGAACGAACUGCUGAUCAGCAACGUGGCUCCAGAAGACAGUGGAGACUACAGCUGUGUGUGUGGAGAGCAGAAGACCUCCGCUAGCAUCAACAUCAAGGCCAAACCAGCGGUCUUCACCAAGAAGUUGGAAAGCCAAGAGGCUGAAGAGGAAAGCAGCGUGACUCUGCACUGUGAGCUCUCUAAAGCGGGGGUUCCUGUGGAAUGGAGGAAGGGAGCGAGGGUCCUCACGUCUGGAGAAAAGUACCAGAUGAAGCAGAAGGCCUCAGUGAACGAACUGCUGAUCAGCAACGUGGCUACAGAAGACAGUGGAGACUACAGCUGUGUGUGUGGAGAGCAGAAGACCUCCGCUAGCAUCAACAUCAAGGCUGCAAAGCCUUUAUCACAACUCUCAGUGGCAUCUGCUAUGAAAGCAGAGGCCAAGAUUGAGGCUUCCCAACAAAGACAAGAAGCAGUCCACAAGCAGACACUUCAUGUGACCAAGGUGGAAGGAGAAGGAGCUGUGGGGUCUGCUGCUACCUCAUUAGUCUCCAAAGAACAGUUCAGGCGGCAGGAAGUAAACGAGACAGUCCAAGUUGUUCAACUUUCAACUACUGAAGAGAUCUUUACCAUGGAGUCUCAGAGGCUCCAUAUAGUAGAGUCCAUCUCGGAAAGUGUUGAUGUGACGUUAGGGAGCACAACCACUGUGAAGACUUACUCUGAAACACAAACGACAGAUGGAUCAUCUGGGGCUGGAGCUGUGAAGGUUUCUGCUGUGGUUUCCACCAAUCAGGACUCCAGGACUCAGGGCAGCAGAGGGGCAGCAGAAGUAGCGUUAGGGAGCACAACCACUGUGAAGACUUACACUGAAACACAAACGACAGAUGGAUCAUCUGGGGCUGGAGCUGUGAAGGCUUCUGCUGUAGUUUCCACCAAUCAGGACUCCAGGACUCAGGGCAGCAGAGGGGCAGCAGAAGAUGUGAUGGUAGCGAGCACAGCCCCUGUGAAGAGUAACACUGAGGCAAAAAACAGAGAUGAAUCUGCUGGAGCUGGAGCUGUGAAGGCUUCUGCCUUAGUGUCCACCGGUCCAGACUCCAGGACCCAAGGCAGCAGAGGGGCAACAGAAGAUGUGACGGUAGCGAGCACAGCCCCUGUGAGGACUAACACUGAAUCAGAAACCAGAGAUGAAUCUGCUGGAGAUGGAGCUGUGAAGGCUUCUGCCUUAGUGUCCACCGGUCCAGACUCCAGGACCAAAGGCAGCAGAGGGGCAACAGAAGCUCUUCCGGUCCUCUUCACUCGAGAGCUGGAGAGCACGGAGGCUAUGGAGGAAGGCAGCAUCACUCUGCACUGUGAGCUCUCCAAAUCCGGAGCGCCCGUGGAAUGGAGGAAGGGAUCCCAGCUCCUCAAGUCUGGCGAGAAAUACCACAUGACACAAAGCGGGUGUUCUCACGCGCUGCAGAUCCUCGAUUUGAAACACAUUGACACAGGGAACUACGCGUGCAGUUCAGGCGACGCGGAGAGCUUCGCCUCGCUUAAAGUCAACGCCCUCCCGGUUGUUUUCACCCAAGAGCUUGAGAGUCAGGGGGCAGAGGAGGGGAAGGAUGUCGUCCUUCGCUGUGCGCUCUCCAAGCCCGGGGUGGCUUUGGAGUGGAAGAAGGGAGAGCUGUGUCUCUGUCCCUGUGCUAAAUACGAUAUCAGUCAGACAGGCCUCAGUGCCACACUUGUAAUCCACGACGUGGACCCGGAGGAUUCCGGUAACUAUACAUGCGACAGCGGGGACAGGCAAAGCACCGCGCAGCUAACCGUGAAGGCUCAGCCCGUUCUUUUCACGUCCCAGCUGGCCGACCUGGAGGUGGAGGCCGGGGGGACGGCCGUGCUCCGCUGUGAGACCGCCAAACCCGGGGCCGGCGUGGUCUGGAGGCACGGCGACCGGGUGCUCGAGACCGACAGUAAGCACCAGCUGAGGAGGGAAGGGACGGCGGCAGAGCUGCUCAUCCACAAGCUCCAGCGAGAGGACUCGGGGGAGUACACCUGCGACACGGGCAGCCACCGCACAUGCGCCGUCCUCACAGUGCUGGCGGUCGAGGUCACCAUCGUGAGGUUCCUGGAGAGCUGCGUGGUGGGCGAGGGCGACGACGUCCGCUUCCAGUGCGUGGUCUCGCACCCGGAGGCGCCGCUGGCCGCGUGGAAGCUGGCCGGCGUGCCCCUGCAGAACAACGAGAUGAACGUGAUCCGCUGCGAAGACCGGGUGCACAGCCUCACGCUGCGAGGCGUCACCCAGGCCGACUCUGGCACCGUCACCUUCUCGGUGGGGAACCACGCGUCCACCGCCUCCCUGACGGUUAAAGCGGCGCCCGUGGUCUUCCAGAAGGAGCUGGAGAGCCUGGAGGCCGUCGAGGGCGACCGGGCCAUCUUGUCCUGUGAGACCUCCAGCACGGGGGGCCGGGUGCUCUGGAGGAAGGGCUCCCUGCUGCUCACCGACGGGCCCAAGUACUCCAUGGAGCGCCAGGGCUCCACCUGCAUCCUGGUGGUCAGCCAGCUCCGGGCCGAGGACUCCGGGGAGUAUACCUGCGAGACGGGCGACAAGCAGACCACCGCAACCCUGACCGUCAAAGAGUGCGUGCGCAUCGUCCGAGAGCUGUGCGACGUCACGGUGGGCACGGGGGGCGACGCAGUGUUUGAGGUGGAGCUCUCCCACGCGGGGGUGACUCACGGGGAGUGGUGGCUGGCCGACAACCAGCUCCAGCAUAACGACCUGAACGAAAUGAGCAGCGCAGGCCGGGUGCACCGUCUGGCCCUGAAGAUGGUGACCACGGACGAGACCGGGGACGUGGCCUUCGUGGUGGGGGAGAGCCGCACGGUGGCCUGCCUCCUGGUGGAGGAGAAAGCCAAAGUGCUAAUACUAGAGAAGCCCCAUGACACGGUGGCCCUAGAGGGCGAAUCCGUCACCCUGGCGUGCACCAUCUCCGACCCCGAGGCCACGGUCAGCUGGACCCGGGACAGCGCCGCCGUGAAACCGGGUCCCAAGUACGACCUGAGGAAGGCCGGGGCGUCGGAACAGCUCCGGAUCCACAACCUGCUCCCCGAGGACUCCGGGACGUACUCCUGCGACACUGGGGACGACUGCUGCGACGUCUCCCUGACCGUGGAAGGUGUGCCGGCGUUCUUCAAGAAAGAGCUGAAGAGCCGGCAGGCGGAAGAGGGCGACGACGUCACGCUGGCCGUCGAGGUGUCCAGGCCCGGCGUGCGCGUCGAGUGGAGGAAGGGGGGCGUGGUCCUCCAGCCCGGCGCCAAGUAUGAGAUGAGAGAGGAAGGGUGCGCUCGCGAGCUUUGUAUACGCGGCCUGGAGAAGGACGACGGCGGGUACUUUACGUGCGACGCGGGCGACCAGCUGACCACGGCGUCUCUGACGGUGCAAGUGAAAGAAUCCCACAUUGUGUCUGGCCUUAAGUCGACUGACGUGUUUGUUGGGGAGUGGGCCUCCUUCGCCUGCCAGCUGUCUGGUAGGCCGGCAGGUAAGGUGCAGUGGUGGCUGGAUGGCACCAAGCUGGACCACAGCCCCUUCAGUGAGAUAGGGCUGUGUCCCGGCUUCAUCCACACACUCACCUUAAAAAGCCUGGCCUCCGGGGACUCUGGCACUGUCACGUUUAGUGCCGGCAGUCUGGUGUCAGCAGCUAAGCUUUUAGUCAAAGAUCCCAUAGUGGAAGUGGUGUGUGAGAUGGAGGACCAGUGGGUGGCUGAGAACCAGCCGGCCCAGUUCAUCUGCCAGUACUCGCGGCCGGUCAAGGCCCAGUGGAGGAAGGACGGGCAGCCGCUGCAGCCCGAUGGCCGCAGGGUGUUGGUGGAGCAGGACUGGAAUGUGGCCCGCUUGUGCAUUAGCAGUGUGUCGGCCGAGGACAGGGGCACCUACUCCUGUGAGGCCGAGGGCACCCGUGUGGUCGCCGCUUUGCAUGUGGAAGCCAAGCCCAUCGACAUAGUCCAGGGUCUGGAGGAUCUGGAGACCAUCGACGGAGGAGAGGCGCUGUUCGAGUGCGCCCUGUCCCGCCCGGAGAACAAGGACUACCGCUGGAUUCUGAACGGAAAGCCGGUGAAGCAGUCCCCCAACGCGGAGAUCGUGUCCUUCGAGAGUGGCCGACGCCACCUGCUGCUCCUGAAGGAGCUGCGUGUGGCGGACAGCUGCACGGUGACCUUCCAUGCAGGGACGGCCUCUUCGUCCGCCCAGCUCACCGUUAAAGCCUGGCAGCUGGAGGUGGUGAAGGCCCUGGAGGAUAAGGUGGCCACGGUGGGGGAGAAGGUGGAGUUCUGCGUGGAGCUCACGGAGCCCGUCCCCGUGGCAGAGGUAGCCUGGUACGCUAACGGCGUGGAGCUGAAGGCCGACAGCAGCUGGGCCAUGCGGGCGGACGGCCGGGCCUACCGCCUGGUCCUGAGACAGGCCACCCUGAUGCCCCAGCAGGAAAUCACCUUUGCGGCUCGGGAAGCUAUCUCCAUAGCUAAGCUAACCAUCAUCACUGUGCCCGACCCUCCCGAGGACCCCGAGGUCCUGAGUAAGACCCAGACCUCCAUCUCCCUCUCCUGGUUCACCCCGCUGCACGACGGCGGCAGCCCCAUCCUGGGCUACCGGCUGGAGAUGCGGGUGGCCGACAGCGCCCUCUGGCUGCCGUGCCACUCCGAGGCCGUCUGCAACACAGAGUACACGGUGGACAACCUGAUCGCGGGCAGCGGCUACCGGUUCAGGGUGGCGGCCAUCAACAGAGCCGGGACCGGGGAGUCCGUCCAGCUGCCGCAGACGGUGCAGCUCGAGGCCCCGGUGGCGGUGACCACGCCGCUGGCGUGCCUUGACCUGUGUGCAGGUAAGACGGCGCGCGUGGACUGCCAGCUUUCUGUAGAGGGCGUGUCGGUCACUUGGCUGAAAGAUAGCCGAGAGCUGGAGGUAGGGGCUAAGUACCAGUUCAGCACCGAGGGCCAGAGGCAAGUGCUGCUGGUUCAAAGCUUUGAGGCGGCCGACCAGGGGGUAUACACAUGCGUGGCCUCAGCUGACGCCGAGAGCUCCAUCGACCUCAUUCUGAAAGGAGCAGAGGUAAAGCAGGUGGGCGGAGACUCAGAGGAUGGGGGCCAGCCGUGUUUGCCCCCCGAGGCGGCAGAGGAGGGGGACGUACACGAGCUGUGGGAGGCCUCGGCCAAGAAACGACGAAUGAGCCGAGAGCCCACUCUGGACUCCAUCUCUGAGAUGCCCGAGGAGGACGGUAAAGGCCGCAAGGAUAAAGAGGAGCUGGAGAAGAAGGAGGAGGUGAAGGAGGAGGAGGUGAAGGAGGAGGUGAAGGAGGCAGAGGAAGUAGUAGAAGUGAAAACGACCGAGAAGGUCAAGGAGGAGGAACCUAAGAAGCCUGCGGAACCCAAUCCGCCCGCGAGCUCCGGGGACGAGUCUGCGACGGGGGGUUCUUCGCUCGUGUCCUACCUCAAGAAAAGUAGCAAGACAUCGCUCUCGGUAGAAACCCGAGCGGAGACCAUGUCCCCGACGGAGAGGUUCUACGCCCAGUUCAAAAUGUCCGACCAGAAGACCACCACGACGGUUCAGCAGGAAGAGGUGACGAUGACGACGACGACGCGAGAAGAGAGCGUGAUGGAGAUCAGCAAGGAGGACGAGCCCGAGCUGCGACAGGCGGCCGUCAAGAUCCAGGCCGCCUUCAAGGGCUUCAAGGCGCGCAAGGACAUGCGGCCGGUCUUCAAGGACGUCUUCCAGGACCAGACCAAGGAGCCCAACGGCACCAUCCACCUGGAGUGCGUGGCGGAGGGGAAGCCCGAGAAGGUGCAGUGGCUGAAGGACGGCGCGGCGCUGGCCGACGGCAAGCACCACCACAUCGACAUCUACAACGACGGCACCUGCUCGCUGGUCAUCACCGCCCUCACCACCAGCGACACGGGCGUCUACACCUGCGAGGUCAGCAACAAGUUCGGCCUGACCUCGCACAGCGCGCGGCUGGGCGUGGGCACGCCGGCGGCGGUGGUGUCGUCCGGCCGCCGGCCCCUGACGGUGGGCUACAGCGCCGACAGCGAGCCCGAGAGCUCGUCGGGGAGCGAGAUGGACGAGUCUCUGAGGCUCGCCGGCAAGCGCCUGCGCCGGCUCCUGCGCACGCGGCUGCCGCCGGACGUGGAGGAGGAGUCGUUCCUGAGCGCCGAGGAGGGGGACCUGCCGGUGGCGCCGGACCCCCAGUCGUACCGCGAGGACGAGCGCUACAUCUACAUCCGCUUCGACACGCGGGCGGAGGCCCAGGUGGCGUCGCAGAGGUUCCAGGAGAUGUUCACGGCCCAGGGCGUGCCGGUGGAGACCACCAUCCUGGAGGCGGGGCCUGUCAAGGUGGAGCUGCGCAUCAUGAAGAUGGGCUACACGCAGGACGGCACGCAGACCCCCACGCAGGACAAACAGUUACCCGCCUUCAUGACGGGAGCCCCCGCUGCCCCGGUGUUCCUGACGGAGCUGCAGUCCCAGGACGUUCCCGACGGCUACCCGGUCAGCUUCGACUGCGUGGUGAUCGGGAAGCCGCCGCCGGCCGUCCGCUGGUACAAGGACGGCAAGCUGCUGGAGGAGAACGACCACUUCAUGAUCAACGAGGACCAGGAGGGCUGCCACCAGCUCAUCAUCACCACCGUGCUGCCCAGCGACAUGGGCGUGUACCGCUGCAUGGCCGAGAACAGCAGCGGCAUCAGCGCCACCAAGGCGGAGCUCCGCGUGGACAUCUCCUGCAGCUCUGAUUACGACACAGCCGCCGACGCCACAGAGACCGGCUCUUACAUCAGUGCCAAGGGCUACAUGUCCAGGGAGACGGAGGCCUUUGAGUCGGUGGCUGAGGACGAACAGCUCCCCCAGGUGGUGGACGAGCUCCAGGAGGUCCGGGUCAUCCCCGGUUCGCCCGUCGCUAAGAUGCAGCUCCGGCUGAAAGGUUUCCCCAAGCCCAGGGUGUACUGGUUCAAGGAUGGCCAGCCCCUGCGGCCUUCCAAGAGGCUGGUGAUCCAGGCCGAGAGGGAUGUCCACGGCCUGCAGGUCAUGGAGGUGACCCGGGCCGACAUGGGGGAGUACUCCGCCUACAUCAGCAACGUGGCCGGCUCCGCCUACUCCUCGGCCAGACUGCUGGUUCUGGGUCCCGGAGAGAUCAUGCCACAAGAUACAAAGAAAGACCCUAAAGAGCCGCUGGUGCCUCCACGAUUCAUCGAGAGGUUCAGCAACAGGACGGUGAAGCAAGGAGCUAGCAUCACUCUGUCUGUCAGAGUUGAAGGCUCCCCCACUCCCAUGGUGUCCUGGCUGAAGGAGGAGGCCAUGGAGGACGUGGUGUGGAUCAAAGCCGACACCAAGGGAUACAAGAUCGCAGGCUCGGGCCGGCAGCACAGCCUCAUCCUCAUGGACGUGGGCGCCGAGUACGCCGGCACCUACACCUGCAUCGCCACCAACCGGGCGGGGCAGUCCCUCUGCACCGCCCGCCUGGAGGUGGACGAGGCACCGAGACCAAAGCCGGAGACCAAAGUCCCAGAGGUUCUUGGGAUCACAGUGAGUCCUCCAGAGGAAGAGGCCAGCAAAGGAACAGAGGUGAAGAUGUCCUAUAUGGGAGAGGUGGGCUCGGAGGAGUUCCUGAUGAAGCUCACCACUCAGAUCACUGAGAUGGUUUCAGCAAAGAUGACCCAAGCCUCACUGCGUGUCCCCGGGGCGGGUGACAGUGACGACGAGACCAAGACCCCCUCUCCGUCCCCCCACCACGGGCGCUCCCGCCCCCCCUCGCUGGUGGCUGACUCCUCCUCCGAGUCGGACGAGGGCGACGCCCGCGGAGAGAUGUUUGACAUCUACGUGGCGUCGGCGGACUACACCCCGACGAUCGCCUGCAAGGAGUCCAUCUGUCUGAAGGAGGGACAGUACGUGGAGGUGCUGGAUUCUGCCCACCCCCUCAAGUGGCUCGUCCGGACCAAGCCCACCAAGACCAACCCUUCUCGACAGGGUUGGGUCUCCCCAGCCUACCUGGACAAGAAGCUCAAGCUGUCUGCUGACACGGGCGACCUUCCAGAGGCGAACGUGGAGGAGGUUUCUGAGGGGGAUUACAAGAGGAAGCUAAUGCAACUGAUCCAGGACCUGGUGAGCAGCGAGGCAGAGUUUGUGAAGGACAUGGAGUUCUUCACCUCGCACCACGUGAAGCACGGAAGCCACCCCGACGCGCCCGCUGACGUCUCCGCCCAGAAGGAAGCCAUCUUCCGCAACAUCGAGGACAUCAAAGCCUUCCACGGAGGGGCCUUCCUGCCCACGCUGAACGAGUGUGUGACGGAUGACGACAUUGCCAUGCGCUUCCUGAGGAACAAGGAGGGCUUCGAGAAGUACCUGCAGUACCUGGUGGGCCAGGGCCAGGCCGAGGCGGCCGUGGGAGACAAGGCCGUCCACCACUUCUUCAAGGAGUACACUGACAAGGAGAAGGCCGGCUCGGAGCACCCUGUGCUGAGCAUCAACGCCUACAUGCAGCGGCCCCUGGAGAGGAUCCAGAAGUACAAGGCCAUCCUCAAGGAGAUGCUGCGGAACAAGGCCCGCAACGGGCAGAACUGCUGCCUGCUGGAGGAGGCCUACUCCACGGUGUCCUCGCUGCCCCAGCGCUCGGAGAACACGCACCACGUGGCCAUGAUCGAGAACUACCCGGCCACCCUGGGGGUGCUGGGGGAGCCCAUCAGACAGGGGCCAUUCCAAGUGUGGGAGGGGGCACCAGGCAUCCGGUCCUCCUCGCGGGGCCACCACCGCCACGUGUUCCUGUUCAAGAACUACUGCGUCAUCUGCAAACCCAAGAGGGACAGCAACACGGAGACCCAAGCCUACGUCUUCAAGAACAUGAUGAAGCUGAACAACAUCGAUGUGAACGAGACGGUGGAGGGCGACGACCGGGCGUUCGAGAUCUGGCACGAGCGCGAGGACUCGGUGAGGAAGUACACGCUGCAGGCGCGCACCGUCAUCAUCAAGAACUCGUGGCUCCGGGACCUCAGGGAGCUGCAGCAGCGCUACACCAUGCCCGCCUGGAGCCCCCCUGACUUCGAGGCCAUCCUGGCAGACUGCACGGCCGAGCUGGGACAGACUGUGAAGCUGGCCUGCAAGGUCACCGGUGUCCCCAAACCCGUGGUCAACUGGUACAAGGAUGGCCGCCCGGUGCAGGCGGACCCGCACCACAUCAUCAUCGAGGACCCCGACGGCUCCUGCACCCUUAUCCUGGACAACAUGACCGCUGACGACUCCGGCCAGUACAUGUGCUUCGCCACCAGCUCAGCCGGCAAUGCCAGCACCUUGGGCAAGAUCACCGUCCAGGUGCCUCCACGCUUCGUGAACAAGCUGAGGAACUCCUCCUUCGUGGCCGGAGAGGACUCCCAGUUCACCUGCAUCAUCCAGAGCGCCCCCACCCCCAAGAUCAGGUGGUUCAAGGAGGGCCGGCUGCUGACGGACCAGGAGAAGUACCAGACCUACAGCGAGCCCCGCAGUGGCGUGCUGGUCCUGGUCAUCAAGGGCCCCACAGAGAGGGACCUCGGGCACUACGAGUGUGAGUUGUCCAAUAGUCUGGGCCACGCCAAGUGUGCCGCUGACCUGGUCCUCCCGUGUGUGGCGUCUCGCUCUGCCGCCCAGGGCGUCACCAUCGAAGUGACUGAGCAGGAGACUAAAAUACCAAAGAAAACCAUCAUCAUCGAGGAGACCAUCACCACCGUGGUGAAGAACACGCGCAUGAAGCGCCACAAGUCGCCGGGCUUCUCCGCCACCACCGCCACCUUCCGCACCGAGACCUCCACCCCGGAGCCUGCCGCGUCCCGGCACCGGCGGAUGCCCCCCGCCAGGAAGACCACCAUCCCGACCCUCUACGUGACGGAGCCCCAGGGCGCCGAGGCCCGGGCGGCGGAGCAGCAGCAGCAGCGCAAGCCGCGCUGGGUGGAGGUGGAGGAGACCAUCGAGUACAAGGUCAACAAGUCGCCACGCCUCUCCCGCCGGCGGGGGGUCUCGCCGGCGGGCUCCGAGCGCUCCGUGGGGGGCGGCUCCGUGAUGGGGGGCCUGGGGGCCCGACCUAGGCGCUCGCCGCCGGAGAACCCCAACGCCAACAACUCCAACAACAAGCUGGUGGAGCAGCUGGCGGAGGAGGACGCCCCCGGCCAGCCGCUGUCCUGGGACGCCCCGGGGCACGCCGCCCUCCUCCCCGGGCCCGCCUCCUCCUGGACCCCCGGCGGCGGGGCCUUCGAGGUGUCCUCCGUCUCCCACGGCGAGGAAGACGACGACGACGAAGGCGAGAUGGACGACCAGGAGACCGUCAUCGUCGAGCCCGACAGCGACGACGACGGCGACGACCGCGAGCCCAUCGGAGAGCCUAAGAUCCUGUCCCGGGACGGGCGCGUGCUCACCCUGGAGGACCUGGAGGACUACGUCCCGCGGGAGGGCGAGCGCUACGGCUCCUCCGCCCGCCCCCCCGCGGAGAAGCCCUGUGAGAUCGCCGUGCUGCAGCGGGAGAUCGGGGGCUCGGCCGUGGGCCAGCCCGUGCUGUUCAACGUGGGACGUCCCCUCGCCGCCGCCGCCGCCGCCCCAAGGCAGCGGGGCGGGUUCUUCAGCCGCUUCCGGGACCACCUCCCCGGCGGCCUCUUCUCCUCCUCCUCCUCCUCCUCCUCCGUGGGGCCCCAGGGCCCGGCGAGAGACGUCCCCAUCCAGGUGAGCCACGCCCAUCUGGAGGUUCAGCCCUCCUACUGCUCCGAGGUGCAGAGAGUGGAGGGCGGCCAGCAGAGCUACAAGACCCGGGUGGUGGCCCGGACCUAUGACUACACCCCCGUGGGGAACCCCGUCACCCUUCAGUUCGGUAAGAAGCCCCACGGCGACCAGUAGGCCCCAGUAGGCCCCGAGGAGACCAGCAGUGGCGGUAUCGGUAUCACAACCCCCGGUAGUCUUAAAUGGGAACAUUUCUAGAUUGAAGGCUGUUUGAAGUGCAUGUUGUUGCCGUGCGUUCGCUGCAUAUGACGGUUCAUUCCACUGUAAAGCAGAACACCGCGAGAUGAGGGACAGCCCGGUCGACCGGUUGUCUAUUUCCGUUGGAGGCGUCACAUCGGCUGUAUAAUCUGGCGGCACUGAGGAGGAAUUUUAAUCAUAGCUACGGUACUAUAUAGUUAAGGAACAAGUAAAAGUGCUAUAUGGGUUUGUUAACUUACUAGUUUUGAUUUCCGUUGGCCAUCAAGAUAACUGAUGCUGUAAAUGUCAUUUUAGCGAUCAACUGAUAUUAGCUUGUUUGGGUAUUGAAAGAAACAUUGAAAAUGGUCUUGAAAACGCAUUUUCAUUCCUGUUUUAUUUUACAAUGAUUGAUUUCACACAUACAAACAUUGUAUUACCUUGAGUUGUUGAAGGCUGUAAAUCUGUAAAUCUGCAGUCGUUUGAAAUUAAAAGCUCUGCCUAAACGAGCUCAGCAGAAGUGAAUAGUUAAAUGAAUGAACAAGAUGUCAACGGUUUAUUUAGUCAUCUGUAUUUGAACAGAUUGCUUUUCACAGAGAUAUAUAACGUUUAACUGAGUUUUGUCCCGAUUUUCACGCAACGAAAACAUCUGUUUCUGAAGAAUUUGGUAGAGUGACAACAGACCUUAGUGGGAAAUCAAGCGAUUAAAAGUUUGAGUUUUUAUCAGCAUGGAACAUGGAUUCAGUUCAUGAGGCACUGGAUAAUUAAAGGUAAUACUGCUCAGAUAUUUUUACAUCUGCCGAUGCAGUGAAGUCACCAAGGAACUUAUUAAGGAUGAAAGACCGAUUCAAAGUCGAUUUAUUUAGGAGUGAAAGCAUGAUAUGUAUUAGUUUUUCAAAAGCAAAUGUAUUCAUAUCAGUUAAUGAAAUUAGAAGUUGAUUUUAACUCAUAUUUAAUAACUGGUGGAUAGGAGUACUAACGAUUGAUUAAAGUGCUUAAACACGUUAUUUAAAAUAUUUGGUUUAAGAUCAUCUAUAGCCAGUAGUUUAUUUGAAAAGGUAGUAUUGUUCUUUGAGGUGUUGUAGAAGUGCAUCAAGUAUUUUGUGUAAUCCUUUCAGAAUAAAUAGAUUACUACCUGUAUUGUACAUUUUGAGAUUUCAUGAGAAUCAUGUUAUCAGAGUGAAUCUAAAGUAAAUAAAUUCAAUCAAACUAGGAAAUAUGAUUCAAAUGUUUGUUGCUAUCCAUUAUUGUAGUAAGACCAUAACUCAUCCUACUAAGCAAGAACAGAAGGAGAAAUCCCAAAGCAUUAUUAGCGUUUCUCUAUGUAAGGUUACUUUAUACAGAACAAACUGUGCACACAGGAGAAGCAAAACCUUGUUACUACACUUUUAUUAUACUGUACACAUACAAGAUACAUGUAAGUCAAAGCAAGUAUGCUUUAGAAAUGGGCCCUGACUGGAACAAUGUGAGUACUUCCAGUCUAGCACAAAUCUACUACAAACACCAUAUUAUUGCUAAAACAUGAAAACCAAAUUCUUUCUUCAUUAUGGUUUAAAACAGUACGGAAUGAGUAUUAAAAGUAUUUUGAAUGAUUCAUUCAUAAACUUUUUCAGGCUUAACUAAAGUCAUCAGUUGAUUAAAAAUAAGUUAAUAAAGUUGAUAAUCAGGUUAAAUUGUCCCAUCUGAAUCCGUGGUGUGUACAUGAUGCAAAACACUGAAAAAUAGGAUUUGAGAUUAAUGGUUGUUCAGGCCUAUGAUAUAAAAGUACAACUGGCAUUUAGCUUGUCAAAUAAUAAUCCCAUAACAAAAAUAAUGUUCCAUAUCCGCGUGCAUGCAGAGACAACUCCUUUUUAUUUGUAAACGUUUCCACUUGAGUUGAAUCCCUCUCUAUCAACCAAGACUUGACUAUCGAUUGGCUAGCGCCCUGGAAGAAAAACCUCUGGAAUCCAAUCAGUUCAACAAGUAGGUCAUUGUGUUUUGGGGUUUGUUUCCAAGAAGGCAAUUGGAAGCCAUGUUCCUGAGAUUAGACUGAUCCCAAGUUUAACCAUACACGUCAUAACGUGGCCUAUCUUGGACAUAUCCAGCACCAUAGACAAGUGUAUCCUCAAUGUCCAUUUUCCAUCCAGUUGAGGAAUUGAUCGGUAGGUUUUUGUUAUUGUACGAAGACUACCAUUACAAGCCAAAAAGGGAAAGCUAAAAUAUCAUAUUUAACACAAUCAGUCUCAACUUUCGUUGACUAAACAUAUGGACAAGUCUGGGGAUGGCCAGGAUGUUAUCUGCCAUUCACCUGCUCCUUCUAAAGGAACUACCAUCUCACAAAAACAAUCCUGAACCCAGUGGUACCAACAAGAACAUUAAUUCAGAUAUUUAACACCCCUCCCUAAAAUGAGGUGU